AAAUUAUGAAUAUAGAUGGACUUGAAACAAUAGUGAAUUUUCUCAAUCAAGAAGUUAAGCAAUUGCUGAUAGAACAAAGAACUUAAUCAAUUGCUUAAACUCAUAUAACUAGCCAUCAAAAUCUCAAGAGAACACACGAUAAUAUCUGUCUUGUUGAAACCUGCUUAAAAGGUCAGCACAAUCCAAAAUGCUAAAUUGAAUUAUCAAUUAAAGAAUAUGCUAAAUACUAUAAAAGAACUGCUUGGUUGAUUGGUUUCUAAAUUUUAAAGUAAAAUAACACCUCUACUUUCUUAAUGAUCUAUUAAACAUAAAGAGAUAAAGCAGAAAAACUAAACAUCUUAAACUUUAAAUGA